CCUCUUCCUCCUCCACAUCCCUUCUGUCGGAGCGGGGGUUUCGUAACCGGCGCUGUAGCAGUGUUUCCUCUUCCCUCAGCCGGUGAGAAAUGGCAGCGCUCAGGACUCUCAGGAAACUGUGCCAACUACACACACAGCACCAAGUCUGUAAACUGCACACGUCCGCCUCGAGGCAGGAGGCAGUGGUCAUCUCAGGAAAGAAACUCGCACGGCAGAUUCGGGAUGAGGUCCGGGCUGACGUAGAGGAAUGGGUUUCAGCCGGCCACCGAAGACCCCAUCUGAGUGUGGUUCUUGUAGGAGACAACCCAGCCAGCCACUCCUAUGUCGUGAAUAAGGCACGGGCUGCAGCUGAUGUGGGGAUCUCAAGUGAGACGAUUCUCAAGCAUUCAGACAUCAGUGAGGAAGAGUUACUGGACUUGAUCGACAAACUCAACACAGACCCUCGUGUGGAUGGUCUGCUGGUUCAGCUGCCUCUGCCAGACCACAUCGAUGAGCGGACGAUCUGCAAUGCAGUUUCCCCGACCAAGGAUGUGGACGGCUUCCACGUAGUUAACGUGGGCCGCAUGUGCCUGGAUCAGACCACCAUGCUCCCUGCCACUCCCUGGGGAGUCUGGGAAAUUAUUAAACGCACAGGUAUUCCUACUUUUGGGAAGAAUGUUGUGGUUGCCGGACGCUCCAAGAAUGUGGGCAUGCCCAUCGCCAUGUUACUGCACACAGACGGCCGUCACGAGAGGCCCGGAGGUGAUGCUACAGUCACCAUUUCUCACCGUUACACUCCAAAGGAUCAACUUCGCCAACACACUAAAAUCGCUGACAUUAUUGUGGCUGCUGCAGGGAUUCCAAACCUCAUCACUGCCGACAUGAUCAAAGAAGGUGCAGCAGUGAUCGACGUUGGAAUAAACAGGGUGCAGGACCCAGUCACUGGAAAGAGCCGGCUGGUUGGGGAUGUGGAUUUUGAAAGUGUGAGACAGAAAGCAGGAUUCAUCACCCCAGUGCCAGGAGGUGUUGGCCCCAUGACUGUGGCGAUGUUGAUGAAGAACACUAUCAAAGCAGCCAAGAAUGGCCUUCUGUGUCCCCCACAGAGGAUCCGCAUGGCUGCAGCAUCCUAAUUGGACUAGGCUACAUCCCAGCAAAAAUGACACAUUCCACUCCAGCCUACCCUCCACCCUCCCAACACUACCCUCUUAUAUAUAAUUUUUUAACUUGGAGCAACCUGACGUGCUCCUCUUGCACAUGGACUGGAAAGAUGAUAGCCUUACGGAUCUCUUUCUGCUGACAUCGUUCAGCUUUCAUGACUGCAAGUCCAGCCAUAAUUAGACUGUUACAGUCACUGAUGCAGCAGCAUGUUUAAUGUAACAGGAUUUUCACUAUUUAUCAUUUGCAAUGUGCUAGAUUUUAAAGAAUAUUCAGACAUGAUGUUAUUUAUUGCUACAGUGACAAUGUUAAAACAUGACUGAAAGCAGGUGAUGAGGUUUUGGCUUGCCGAGUGAUUGAAGCCUUCCUGUUGUUUGUCUUUGUUAGCUUAGAAAGAUGUGCAAAGAGUGAUAAGGGCUAACAUCAUCAGGGGCAAGUAUGUAUAUCAGUGUACAAGCUUUAAAGAUUCACAAUUGCCUUUGAGAAAUCUUUGAAAUAAAUAUUGCAAAUAUCUUCUAA